AUGACUGCGACAGACCCACCACCUGCCCCAGCAGCAGACGACGCGACCCUUCGCCUCGAGCCGACUUCGUCGCGGCGGUCGCACCUCGACAUCGUCGACCCCGACGAACGAGCGGCCGAGAAAGCUCCUCCAGACGUCGUUUGGGUCGACUGGGACGGUCCAGAUGAUCCAGCGAACCCGUUGAACUGGAGUCGACGACGAAAAUGGGUCGUCUCAUCCGUCGGAAGCUUCUUCUGCACGCUCGUCUCGCUCAGCGUGUCGGGCUACUCGAUCGCGGAGGUGUCGGUCGAGGAGGAGCUCGACACUUCCAAGACGCUGUCGCUGCUCGGGCUUACCACUUUCACUCUAGCAUUCGCAAUCGCGCCUCUCAUCCUCGCCCCCCUCUCCGAAGUCUACGGCCGCUCCUUCAUCUACUUCGCUUCAGCCGUCGUCUUCGCCCUCUUCUUCAUCCCCCAAGCACUCGCCAAGAACAUAGAAACGGUCCUCAUCGCACGCUUUAUCUCAGGAUGCGCAGGCUCGACGGCCGUCUCCAUCGCAGGCGGAACACUCGCGGACGUCUGGCGCGGCGCAGACCGAGGCGCGCCGAUGGCAUUCUUCACUCUCGCUGCCGUCGCAGGACCUGGACUGGGUCCUGUCUUGUUCGGCUAUCUCGCGCAGCUCAAGGGUUUCCCGUACCUCUCCUGGGUCCUCUUCGCCAUGUCCUCCGUCUUCGCCCUCAGUCUCCCAUUCAUCCUCGACGAGACUCGCGCCUCCGUCCUCCUCUCUCGCAAGGCAGCCCGGUUACGCAAAGAGACCGGCGACGAGCGAUACCAGAGCAAAGACGACUUUGAGCGCGGCUCGAUUCGCGAAUUGAUGAAGACGUCGCUUGGACGGCCGGUACAGAUGCUCAUGCGUGAGCCGGUAUUGAUCGCUAUUACUGCUUGGAUCAGCUUUACCUGGGGCGUUCUGUACCUCUUCCUCGUCUCCAUCCCUACCGUCUAUAAGGGCGUGUUCGGCUUCAACACAGGUCAAGCAGGACUCGUGUACAUGGGGCAAUUCGUCGGCGGAUCGCUGGGCAUGGUGUUCGACCGGUAUUGCGAGCGGUUCUACCAGCGCAAUGUCGCGAAACGAGGGCCAGAAGCGCGCCUCUACUCAGCUUUCGGCGGCGGCAUCUUCCUACCCGUCGGCGCCUUCAUCUUCUGCUUCACUUCCUACCCGCAGUGCCACUGGAUGGGCUCGGUCAUCGGCGUGGUCAUCCUGUACGCGGGCGUUUAUCUAAGCUACCUAGCAGCAUACUCGUACCUCGCAGAGGCCUACACCCUCUACGCCGCCUCCGCCUUGUCCGCCAUGAGCUUCGCCCGCAACGUCAUCGCAGCCGUCUUCCCUCUCUUCACACCAGCCAUGUACGAUCGACUGGGCGUACAAGGCGCGACAGGCCUGACCGCAGGCCUCGACACCCUCCUCUCCGUCACGCCGUUCGUCUUGUUCGCUUUCGGCGGGCGACUGCGGUUGAGGUCGCCGUUUGCGAUGGAGCUGGCGAGGAGGGAGGAAGCUGAGCGGGCGAAGUGGGUGGCUCUGAAGGGAAACGGGACGCUAGAGGACAGCCGGAAUCGGAGCGAGGAGAAGUUGGGGAAGGAGACGACAGAGACGGCUGUGUAG